GCUCCAAUGUUUCCCACAGGACUGCAAUCUAUUUGUGGCUACGGCGGUGGUGGUUUGGUGGGUGUAAUUAAGUUACCGUAUUAGCAUAACUGGCCAUGAUGUAUUUGCAUGUAAUAGCAAUGGACGUUAAAAAAAAAAAACCACACAACCAAUAUGUUUAGAAAUACAAAUGAACUUUCUUCUACCGCUUCUUUCUUUUUUUAUGUCAAAAACAAGACAGAGCCACCCGUGAACGCUUGUAGAUGGGGGAGUGUCCGACAGCAGCACCAUGCUUUCAUGUCAGUCUCCACGGCUUUGUUUCAUUGAUUGCGUUUUUCGUCAAGUAUUAAGAUUUCGCACUUUGUUGGGCGAUCCUUGACCGCACCACGGUAAUGUGCUAUGAAAUGCAAAAGUGAAACCUAUACAAUAAUACCUCGUCAUGUCGCGGUUCGAAUUUCGCGGCUCCACUCAAUCAUGAUUUUUCAAAAAUAUGUUAAUAAAUCAUGCUGUUUCAUGGUUGAAUACAGCCUAUUAGUAAAAAAAAAAAUACACAUUUCAGCAAAUUGUACAUGGUUUUUUUCUCUGAAUUAAGCAUUUUAAAGCAUGUCUUAAAUGUUCUCUUACAAUGUCUACUAUAUGUGCCCUGCGAUUGGCUGGCGACCAGUCCAGGGUGUAUCCCGCCUCUCGCCCAAAGUCAGCUGGGAUAGGCCCCAGCAUACCCCCGUGACCCUAGCUGAGGUCAACCUGGCGCUGGAGCACGGCGUCUCGCCCGACAACAUCAUCCUGUCGGGUGUCUGCAAGCAGCUGGCGCUCAUCAAGGCUGCCUCCAAGAACGACAUCCAGCUUCUCGUUUGCGAGAACGAGGCCGAGCUGUCCAAGAUUUCACGUCUCCACCCCCGCGCCAAGCUGCUGCUGCAGUUGAGCACCGAGGCGCACGCGGCAGAGACCAGCGUGGUUUUCGGUUCGUCCCUGAAGAGCUGCCGGCACCUGCUGGAGGCCGCCAAGGGGCUCGGCGUCCAGGUGGUGGGUGUGGCCUUCCAUGUCCCGAGCUCCUGCCAGGACACACAGGAAGCCUACUGCCACGCGUUGACUGACGCCCGCUGCGUAUUUGACAUGGGGGCGGAGCUGGGCUUCAACAUGAACAUCCUAGACAUUGGCGCCGGAUUCACCGGCUCAGAGUUUCAGCUGGAACAGGUGGAGUCCGCCGUCAGCCCGCUGCUGGAUGCCUAUUUCCCUCUGCAGUCUGGCGUGCACGUGCUGGCCCAGCCAGGCACCUUCUACGUGGCGUCUGCGUUUAGCCUGGCGGUCAACGUGAUUGCCAAGGAGGUGGUGACCCGCCGCUGGGACAGCUUAGCUCCAGGUGAUAACAGCGACGACACAGAGUUCCUGUACUAUAUGAACGAGGGCGUUUAUGGUCCGUUCGGCAUCAAACUCCUGGGAAGCGCUGUUGCCGCCCCUUCCGUGCACAAGCACGUGCUGUGCGCCCAGAAGGCAGUCUAUCCCAGCAGCCUGCGGGGUCCGUCGCUGGACCAGCUGGACCACGUGGUGGAGCGCUGCCUGCUGCCCGAGCUCAGCGUGGGUGACUGGCUCCUCUUCUCCAACAUGGGCACCUGCGGCCUGGACAACCCGUGCAGCCUCUCUGCCACCCAGCAGCCGCCUGUCCACUACGCCGUCUCUGCCUCCGACUGGUAUGAAAUGCAGGAGGCUGGUGUGGAGCUUGAUGGUGCCAUGAAGACACUCGCCAUGGUUUAGUCCCAUGUACCCCAUCCCUCCCUGAGCCAUGUGACAGGAGGGAUGUGAUAUUUGGGAUAAGCGUCUCUCUGUGGUCCACAUUCCAUCCUUCUUGGGGAAAAAUCAGUGUGGUUUUACUUCCAGGAAUUUGUCUUCAAGAUCUUUUCUUUCUAUUGCCCUGUCAAGAUAAAAUCAGUCCCGUCCAAGCGACGUUAUGCAACAAAAUGGAUGACUCUGGAGAUGGGAACACCCCCCACCACCACCACCACCAAGCACACCCAUUGGUGGGGGGGGUGUUUGUGCUCUUCCCUUUUCCCUCCCACCUGCGAUUGAUCACGCUCUUUGCUCACCUCGUCCACCGUCCUGUGAACCCUGUGUCCGUGAAACGCACGACUUUUGAAGAAUGGGCGUCUCGUGUGGAUUCCGUACCUCACACCCUCCGCUUGGCCUCGCUGAAAUGAAAUCAACACAUUAUUAGAACCUAGUCUUUUCUUCUCCUUGUAUUUUCUAUUUAUUGGAUUCAGCUGUGUGUGGGUCCCAUUCAGCAGCUCUUUCCUAAUAAUAUUAAUAAUAAAUAAUAUUGAUUGAUGUGUUUGGUCCCUUCAAGGCUACAUGUGUGCUGUGACUAUUUGUCACCUCAGUGGUUUUUCUCCGCUACUAUUGAGGUUUCAAAUGCACAAAAUAUUUUAUAGACUUUAAAAAGGUAAAAAAAAAAAAAGAAUGGUCCAGAUCCCCAGAUGAGUGAGGAUCUGCGAACGCGUUCUCACAGCCUAAACGUUUGUUCUUAUUAAAGGCGACCUGCCCCUCGUGUGUGUUGCAAACAACUCAUGUAUUCAUGAUUUGCUGUCUGAAGCACUAAUGGACCAUAGCCUGUUUUUUCACUGUAAAUUGUGCUUGUUAAAGUAAUGAAAGUGAUUAAUUUAAUACAUUUCUGACUGAAAUCAUA